AUGGCCACUAUUCCUUUUAUGUUGGUUAUUUUUAAGCUAUUAUUAUCCUUUUUCUCUCAUUUUUCCUUUGCAACUGAUACGAUUUCCCAAACUCAGCCACUUGCUGAUGGCAGCACCUUGGUUUCCAACGAUGGAACCUUUGAGUUGGGUUUCUUCAAUCCAGGUAGUUCCUCAAACCGGUAUGUUGGGAUAUGGUACAAAAACAUCCCAGUUAGAACAAUCGUUUGGGUAGCCAACAGUGACAACCCAAUCAAAGACAACUCCAGCAAGUUGAUCAUAAGCCAAGAAGGAAACCUCGUACUUCUCAGCCACAACCAAACCCUUCUUUGGUCGACAAACACCACAACAAAGUCUUUAACUUUGACUCCCUUUGUUCAGCUCUUAGACACUGGCAAUUUAGUGCUUAGAAGCGAAAACAACAAUGAAGAGAAUUUCCUAUGGCAAAGCUUUGAUCAUCCAUCUAAUACAAUGUUGCCAGGAAUGAAACUAGGAUGGGACCUAAAAACUGGUCUUAAUAGACGCAUAACUUCAUGGAAGAAUUGGGAUGACCCAUCUCCAGGAGAUUUUUCAUGGGGCAUUGUACUCACUGGUAACCCAGAAAUGGCAAUGUGGAAGGGCUAUGAUGAGUCCUAUAGGAGUGGACCUUGGAAUGGUAUUCGGUUUAGUGGAUCACCCACAAUGAGGGAAAACCCAGUUUACAAUUAUCAAUUUGUGAACAAUUCAGAUGAGGUCUUCUUCACAUACACCCUCAAGAAUAAGUCUAUGAUCUCAAUAAUUGUCAUGAACCAAACCCUUUUUCUCCGCCAACGCUUCACGUGGAUUCCUGACAACUCAACAUGGAGGCCUUACCAUUCUAUACCAAGAGACAAUUGUGACACUUAUAAUCUUUGUGGCCCAAAUGGAAAUUGUGUUGUGGGUGAAUCACCCGUAUGCCAGUGUUUAGAUGGGUUCAAGCCCCAGUCUUCUCAAAAUUGGGAAGCAAUGGAUUGGACACAGGGUUGUGUGAGGAGUCAACAAUGGAGUUGCAAAGUCAAAGGCAAAGAUGGGUUUCGUAGAUUUGGUAGCAUGAAAUUGCCGGAUACUACACAUUCUUGGGUUAAUGAAACUAUGACACUUGAUGAGUGUAAGGCUAAAUGCUUAGAAAAUUGCUCUUGCACGGCUUAUUCUAACUCAGAUAUUAGGGGAGAAGGUAGCGGAUGUGCCAUUUGGUUUGGUAAUCUUUUUAAUUUGAGGAUUAUAGAAAGUGGACAAGAUCUAUAUAUUCGAGUGGCAACUUCAGACAUAGCUGUAAAUGAUGAUGCAAAACAUGGGCACACGAAAAAUAUUGCUUUAGUAAUAACAAUCACACUUGUGUUUGUCCUCGUCCUGCUUUCCGCUUUCUUCUACUUUUACAGAGGUAUAUUUUCUUACCAAGUUUUGAAAACAGAGAAAAACUUGUCAACUGAAAAGAAACAUGAAGGACAAGAAGACUUCGAACUUCCAUUCUUUGAUCUUGCUACGGUAAUCAAUGCUACCAACGACUUCUCAAUUGACAAAAAGCUUGGAGAAGGUGGUUUUGGACCAGUAUACAAGGGUACAUUAGUAGAUGGACAAGAGAUUGCCGUGAAAAGACUUUCUAAGAGUUCUCGACAAGGAUUACAAGAAUUUAAGAAUGAAGUUAUAUUAUGUGCAAAACUUCAACAUCGAAAUCUUGUUAAAGUUAUUGGUUGUUGUAUUGAAGGAGAAGAGAAAAUGCUUCUCUACGAAUACAUGCCCAAUAAAAGCCUAGAUUCAUUUAUUUUUGAUUCUACCCAAAGUAAACGUUUAGAUUGGCCUAAACGUUUCUCCAUUAUUAGUGGAAUUGCAAGAGGACUGUUGUAUCUACAUCAUGAUUCCAGAUUAAGGAUCAUACAUAGGGAUCUUAAAGCAAGCAACAUUUUAUUAGAUAAUGAGAUGAACCCAAAAAUUUCAGAUUUUGGCUUGGCUAGAAUAUGUGGAGGAGAUCAAAUUGAAGGAAAUACAAGCAGAGUAGUUGGUACAUAUGGUUAUAUGGCACCAGAAUAUGCUAUUGAUGGAUUAUUUUCCAUCAAAUCUGAUGUUUUUAGCUUUGGGAUAUUGUUAUUGGAGAUUAUUAGCGGAAUGAAAAACAAAGGAUUUUCCCAUCCAAGUCACAAUUAUAAUCUUAUUGGAAAUGCAUGGAAGUUGUGGAAAGAAGGAAUUCCAUUGAAAUUGAUGGAUACUUGUUUGCAUGACUCUUGUAUUCCAUAUGAAGUUUGUCGUUGCAUUCAUAUUGGUCUUUUAUGUGUGCAACAAAAUCUUAAUGAUAGACCGGACAUGACAUCUAUAGUUGUGAUGUUGAGUAGUGAAAAUGCUUUACCUCAACCAAAGGAGCCCAAUUUCUUAAUAGAAAAUGAUAUAACUGAAGGAGAAUUUUCAUCUUUGAAGCAAAUAUCUUCAACCAAUGAAGUAACUGUCUCAUUGUUAGAAGCAAGAUAA